CAUGAAUUCCGCCUUCGCGCGGUCGCCUGUGAGUGCGAUGACUCGAGCUCCUACAGCUUUUGCUACCUUACAGCAAACGCUGCCUAACCCACCGCUCGCUCCACUGACUAGGACUGUUUCCCCCUUUUGCACCUUCGCAAUGUGCACGACAGAAGCAUAACUAACUGCUUGUCCGGACAUGGCAACUGCAGUCUCACUCGAAAGUUUUUCGGGGACAGGUUGAAUAUAGUCUUCAGUGACACAGAUGUACUCUGCAAAAGCGCCUAUAUUGGCACCAAACACGCGGUCACCUUUUUUGAGGUUGUGGUUUCGUCUGCCGUUUGAGGAGGAGGAGGAGGAGGGAAGGGUUUGUACGAUUCCGGCGAAGUCGUAGCCAAGGAUCUGCAAGCACGUUUGUUAACCCGUGGCCUUUUUGUAGAAAGUCCUCAGGAACUUGAUACAAAAGGCGGAUGACACCAUCCUCGCUUGGUGUUAUUCUGGUGCUUGCCUUGGGCGUGUAGGAUAUCGGCAUGUUGAGGCGAGCAAUGCGUGAUGCGGAUUAGAAACUCAUUGGGCUUUGGUUUUGGUACGGGGACUUCGGAUGGGGAGAGAGUGGAGAUGUCCUCGCCGUGGAAUUUUGGGAUAUGGAUGGCUUUCAUCAUUGCCAUUGUGAAAUUUUCAUGAAUAGUGUCUGAGAUGCUUGUGGGAUCGACUCUGACAAGCCGAAUCGAAGGGGAACAUGGUGAGAGCCGAGAUUCCCACCCCAGCCCGAAAUCUUCACAGCGGCAGCUCCCUCCAUGCUUCCCCGACAUCACAUUCAACAACAAUGGCAUGCAUAAUUCAAACACAGCUCAUCGGGACAGGAAACCGGUCCAGCUUCCACAAAAAACCUACCCCUCGGCCCGCCUUGGUACAGAAUUGAAACAAAUCCUAAAAAAACCCAUCGGCACGACGGGUCGACGGCAGUCACACAAUGUCCAUCGUCAAAAUGAAAGUAUGUAUGGCCGAAAAGAAAAAAAAGUCUGCGUGGCCGGCACAACGAAGCCGGUUCGUGAAAGUCAAUCCAAGGCCAUGAAUGGGGAUCUGGGCCAUUGGGAAAUGCCAUUCGCAUCAUCAUCAAACUUUCCCGAUGCUCGCUUUGUUGGGAAAGACAUGGAUCUUUGCAACGCGUGGCAACGUAUGUAUAGAAAGAUGUUCAACUUUGCACGAGAUUACGCAAAUCAGAGAGGAAAAGGGAAGUCUGCCGCACGUGCAAUUGACGAAAGAAAAAUCUCCUUGUGGAGACGGUAUACAUACAAGCCACAACCUAACCUACAUCGUGGUAUCAUCAAGGCACCAUCUGAGCCUCACAAACUUGGAACGGAUUCGAUAGGAACGGAUUCGACUCCGUCGUUUAGAAAGGCCUCAAGGAUAAAAUUAGACUCUGAUGCAUUCCUGCAUAUGCAAGCAGGACAUACGAAGCAGCGAACUGGCGAGGAGAGGUUCCUCGUCGGCGCACAGCCCUAUAUUCUAACGAAACACGACGCAAUAUUGGUCCGAUGGCUUCCGCGGGAAGUCUGGUAUGUAUGUAUGAGCACUUCGAGAUUUUUUAUUAUUGACAAGUUUGUGUUCGGCAGGACCGUGAAUAGAUGGCUUUCAUCAUGCCAACAACAUCGCGGAUAUGACCACCGCACGUCUCGCUCGUUGCUGGGUCGGAAAUUGCUGUCAAAGUGUUGGGUUGGGAGGACCUUAAUGCUCGCGCAGAUCUCUUCAGGCGGACGGACAGCCUUCAGUUGGAAAGUAGCGCUUUCGUUGUGCCUCGGGAUUGAUCGUACGCUGACAUUUGCAUGGCUGACACGCAUGUUUGUAAAUCUCCGGUUGAAGAGCAGGCGAUCAAUAAGGACUAAAUCUGGCGGAAGGCAGGCAUAUGUGCGGAAGACAUUCGGAAUCUCGCGUGCUCGCAAUGCAAGAGCAUCUCGUGCGACCAGUGAUGGACGAGCGAUUUACAGCGACUUCUUUCCAAGACAGCUGGAUUCGAAGUGGUGGUGUGGUUGCUGUCACGAACCUCUUUGGGUCGAAAUCGGUACAUCAUCGUCUGGCUGUUGCAAUUCCCCAUUUGUCAAAAGUCUCAAGCUUCUCCCACACGGGCAAGUGCUUCGGUUUGCGUUCGUAAUCCUUCUGGGUAGUUCGUUCACAUUCCUCCGUAGAGCUCCCACCAAUACUUUUGGAACUCGGAUCCUGUACAAACGGAAUUGGAAGCUGUGUAAAGGUGGUCUGAUCCGCCGAACUCCUACCAGAGCUGAUUGCCGGUGCCAUCACUCCAGGUGUAGCUCUUCAGACCUUUCCAAAAGUAGGCCCAGCAAAUACGGCGAUCGACCUUCUAGAAGCUGUGGCAGUAAGCAUCUGCAGAUCCCACUUGACCUGUUCGUGCCAGGUGCCUCUAUCUAUUAUUGGUGGGGUUCGUCAAUGCAGCUCGGCGGCCGAUGGUCUGACACAGUCCACGGGCACAGUGGUAGUAUGACGAGAGGACCUGCCUGGCUUUACUGUCUCGUGGGCAGGUACGAUGUACCCGACAUCUGGAAUGCAACGUCAAAUGGGCAUGUUGCAGCCACUUGGCCGGUUUGUUUGAAUGAUGGUCCUGCUUUUUGGCAGCGACGCCAUUUUCGAGAAGAUGAUAUCAAUGGCAUCCGAAAAGCAUCAUUUCAAGGCUUGGCUUGGCCCACUUUCGAUAUUCGGAUAUUCCCCAUAGUGGAGUACUUUACAAUGCCAGUGUUCAUCCUUGAAAUCAGUGACCUCACCAAGCCAGCAAAAGACAAGCAUUGCUGCACUGGAUAUUCUGCGGAGCGCCGGUUCGGGAUGAGGACGAGAGAGAGAGACACCUUGCAUGCUUGA